AUGUUUUUUCGCCAAUCGUUUAUUUUCAGCUCGACGACUAAAUACUGUUACAGCUGUAUGUCCGAGGACUUCUUACUUCACUGGCCGUACUUGGAUGAGGUUUACUAUCGUCCUAUGAAUUUCACUGAUCAUUGCUUUAAAAUUCCGGCGAAAAUGAAUAUUGGAAUGACACCGUGUAGUCAUUCAAUGUGCGUUACAGUCAUUGAGCCGAGAAUAUUAGCAGGCCAGCAUAUCGGCAACAACAUAAUUCGUGGUUGCUUUGCCAGCGUUUUCAAGUAUGGGACAACACCACGUGCUCAAAGUUCGCCGAUUCUUGGUCAGAUAGGUUCUACACAAAAGAAGAGACUCAAGGUACAAAUUUUUUUGAUUAUUGUUAUUCACAAUUGUUAA